GAAAAAAGCGAAGAAGGCCGCGGCCUCAGCCGAGAACGCUGCUUCUGCUUCGCCUUCGGUGGACGAGCGCGAAUCCACAUUCAAGCGGACGCUGAAUCAGCUCACCGAACUUUUCGGUUGCGGUGGUAGCGAUUCUGUUAGUGCAGAUGUAACUACGAGUAAGGAGGUUUUUUUGGCAGCGGCAGUAACAUCGUCAAAAGCGUCUAAACAGAACGCUGAGCAUAUUACCUCAUUCGCGACCAGCGAUGUCGUGCACGAGCGGUUUGCGUCGGUCUGGGCGUGCUCUUUAGUUGGGAACGAAACCGCCGCACUUGCGGCGGUUUGCGCCGCGUAUCGGGGGCCGGAUUUCGACGUGUUGGCAGAGCUACUGCGAGCGUCCGGGUUGUAUCAAAUGUAAAAAUGUCUGGGUCUGGAAGGUUGGAGCUUGUGAUGCUAACUUUGGACUCUAAAAAAAUCUGUAUUGCAUGAUCAGCAAGAGGAGUCUAGUUUGUGCUACGCGAGGAGGGCACUUGUCAUGCGGAAUAGACAUCAGGUCCAGGAAGCCCUCUAAAAAUCUGCGAUGCUAGGCCAUGCAUUACAGACGUCCUGGGUCAUGCAAAUGUGCAUGACAAACCCGGCAACUUUCCAGACCCAGACAUUUUUGCAUUUGAUAGUUUGGUUGGGGACAAAGAAGACGUAUCGAUCGCGAUUCGAACGCUACUGCGAGAACUGGUACUGGACUACAAGUGCAAAGACAUG